AUGGGCCUAAAAAUAAGAUCCAUUUCAGAUCCACUCUCGAAAAACAAUAUAAAGCCCGGCCCAAGGUUAAAACCCCAAUACGAGGGGGCAGCAAGAAUGGUGCGAGUUAGUGUUUUGAAUGAUGCUCUGAAGAGCAUGUACAAUGCAGAGAAACUUGGGAAGCGCCAGGUCAUGAUCAGGCCUUCCUCAAAAGUGAUCAUCAAGUUUCUGUUGGUGAUGCAAAAGCAUGGUUACAUUGGUGAGUUUGAGUUCGUUGAUGAUCACAGAGCUGGUAAAAUUGUGGUUGAACUAAAUGGAAGGUUGAACAAAUGUGGGGUUAUCAGUCCCCGUUUUGAUGUUGGUGUUAAAGAGAUUGAAACCUGGACUGCAAGGUUGCUCCCCUCAAGGCAGUUUGGUUAUAUUGUGCUAACAACUUCUGCUGGCAUUAUGGACCAUGAGGAGGCCCGUAGGAAGAAUGUUGGUGGCAAACCGAGUAUGGCUUGCACCAGAUUAUGGAAUGGAUUCUUCAAAGGGGCUGAGUUCUCUGAUCAGCUUCGGCCAUUAGGCUCAAUUUGCAACCCAUAUUCUCCUCUGCUUAGAGAACAAUUCACAAUGACCUCACACAACCUUAAACCACAAAAUUUACAGCAAGUUUGUCGAAAUGAAGAACAAAAUGGUGUGACAAAGAAUGAUGGUUAUGUAGAUCGCGAUGGCAUCGGAUUAAUCAGACAUCAAGUGCGUCGAGAAUUUCAUCAAUCUCUCGAUCUUAAUUAUCCUACGUUAGAAUCGAACUUAUUUGAAUUCGGUAUACCACCUCGACCUUGUUUAGAAUUGCAAGAUUUUUUCCAUAAAGAGGUAAAGUAG